GCGUGGCCAAACAAUACCUGGAGUAUAUAAGCUCGAUAAUAACGAAUGGCCAACAGUAGAAGCGAUUCUCGUAUCUAUCUGCUCAUUUCACCAUGGCUCUUACUUUGUCGGUUGUUCUUUUAUGCGCCGGAGUCGUUCUGGGCUCUGUCCAUCCCCCAGCAUAUGGCCAUCACCCACAGCCCGCUUAUGGUCAUCAUGCGCCUGCUUACGGUCAUCAUGCACCUGCCUACGCUCACCAGCAUUCCUAUGAGCACGGUUACUGCGACCCAACUGUUGCCCCAGCCUGCGCUGACAACUCCACUCUCUCCUACUGCUUGGAAGACACUGAGUAUCCUGAAUACGAGAUUAAGGCUGCCAUCACCGCCGAUCACCUGUUCGCCAAGAAGUACGCUGAUGUCGCCGACCAGUCUGCUGACGACCUGGUAGAUAUGCUUACCAAGGAUCAGGAGGAGGCCUUCGACUAUUCUUACUACACUGGAGCUUCCACUGGGGACUCUCCCUACGAUGCCACUCACUGGGGUGGUCCUGAGGGUUACAUCUGUCCCUCCGAAGUGGUGUAUGCCAUGCCCAAACGUGCCCAGAACGUGGAGGGCAAGUGGCGCGUCAUUGUCAACGACGUUCACUAUUACAGCCAGACUGCUCGCCUCGAGACUUGUCUGUUCCCAGAGGCUGCUUGCCGCGCCCUAGCUCCUUGCUACCAGAGCCAUUGCACCCAGAAGUCAGUGUACCACCGACUCCUUUCCUAUGACCCAUGUGACCCUUACAAGGGCCUCUUCAUUGACAUCUACAAGAUGCCAUCUGCCUGCUCCUGCCACCUUCCCGCUUAAAACGCCACCACAAUACUCCAUGCCCACAAAGAAACCAACGACAACCCCUGUUUAAAGCGGAGGAGAAUACCCCACGUGACUGGAGAACUUCACGUACCACUAGUCAUGCCAGGAACCGCCGGAACACUCCCGCCGCUGCUCUCUCUCCCAUCUUCAGCCAUAUAAAAGAUAGAAGCGUCUGUUGUAAUAUCUUUAUAAACAAAUCAUUUUUGAAUAUA